UACAACCGGCCUGAAAUACCACAAAAGAAGAAGAGCAGCAGCCAAGCGGCAGACGCUGUCCGCCAUUUGGUUCCGACAGAAGGUUCUACUGUUAAUCUCCGCGGUCCGUUUGGGCUGAACCCAGCAGAACCAGUGGCUCCCUGUGAGUUCGCUGCGCGCGAGACAGCAGGACGUCACUGCGCGUGCCAUGGCGGCCGACCGGCGCGAGGACAAAGACGGAGAGCUCAGUGUUCUGGAGGAUCUACUGACCGAAGCUCCAGAUCAGGACGACGAGCUGUACAACCCCGAGACCGAGCGGGACAUCAAUGACAAGAAAGGAACAAAGAGGAAGAGCGAGUGCUCUGACAGCCAGGACCAUAAGAGGCUCCGCCCCUCAUCAGGCCGCGCCCCCUCCAGGGCAUCCGCCUCCAGCAAGCGGCCGCUGGGCUCGUCCUUGUCCUCCAAGAAGGUGUCGAGUCCUCGCAGUCGCCACGCCGCCGCCUACCAUCACAGCUACUAUGAGGACAGGAGGGGGCGGCGAGGGGCCCGCGAGGGGCCCCGCAGUCGCCCGGCGGAGGACGGGCGCCGCAGAGAGACCCAGAGGGGCCUGGAGGUUCUGAGUCAGAAGCUGCGGCGAGACGGAAGGCGGGCAAGCCCCGCCCCCCACACCGAGGACCAAUCAGAGGACGAGGCGGAGGCCGACUACAGCUCGGAGCCGGCGUCGGGCAGCUCCUCCCCCGCUGCCUCGCACGAGGAGGAGGAAGAGGAGGAGGAGGACGAGGAGGAGGAAGAAGAGAACCAGGAGGAAGAGGUGGAGGAGGGUAUGGAGGAAGAGGAGGAGGAAGGUGAGAAGGAGGAGGAAGAAGACGAGGAGGAGGAAGACUACGAUGAGCGCCACGCCGGAGACGGGAACGACUACGACACCCGGAGCGAGGCGGGAGACUCCCGCUCCGCCUCCUCCGUCAGCUUCUCCGACGGCGAGUCGGGGCCCUCAGGCUCCGCCUCCGAGGCUUCAGGUUCGGAGAAGAAGCGAGAGAAGCUGUCCUCGUCGGUCCGAGCCGUUCGCAAAGGAAUGGAGAAUCACACCAGCCAGCUGCACUACAUCCUCAAAGACGCUCGCUUCUUCCUCAUCAAGAGCAACAACCAUGAGAACGUUUCCCUGGCCAAAGCAAAGGGCGUUUGGUCCACGCUGCCGGUCAACGAGAAGAAGCUGAACUCGGCCUUCCAGGCGGCCCGAAGCGUCAUCCUCGUCUUCUCCGUCAGGGAGAGCGGCAAGUUCCAAGGCUUCGCUCGUCUGUCGUCGCAGUCUCAUCACGGCGGUUCCCCGAUCCACUGGGUUCUGCCCGCCGGGAUGAACGCCAAGAUGCUGGGCGGAGUCUUCAGGAUCGACUGGCUCUGCAGGAGGGAGCUUCCUUUCAUCAAGACGGCUCACCUGUCCAACCCCUGGAACGACCACAAGCCCGUUAAGAUCGGACGAGACGGACAGGAGAUCGCUCCCAAGAUCGGCGCGCAGCUCUGCGCCCUCUUCCCAUUGGACGAGAGCGUGGACAUCCACCACGUGGCUCACCGCAUCCGUCACAAGCGCACGCCGUCAGAGCUGCGGCCCCGAGGCCGCCCGCCGCAGCGCGAGCCGGGAAGGCGUCGACCUGAAGAGUAUGACCUGCAUGGCAGGAAGCGACCACGAGCCGAUGGUCCGCCGGACUUCAACCAGCGAGCAGGCUUCAUCCCGGACCUCAGGAGCCAGCCGGUGGACAGGAGGUUCUCCAGCGUGAGACGAGACGUCUUCCUUAACGGGUCCUACGACUACAUGAGGGACUACCACCACAACGUCGGGCCUCCAGCUCCCUGGCAGACUCUGGCGGCGUACCCCAACGUGGAGCAGCAGCCCCCCCACCACCCGCCCUACUACCACCACAGCCACCCCCCGCCCCCCCCUCACCAGGCCUUCCAUCACCACCACCCCUCCCUGCCGCCGCACGAAGCUCCGCCUCCUCGCUUUAGAGACAAGCAGCGUGUGCCGCAGCACCGCGCCUUCGCCUCCAGUCCGCACGACUACGACAUGCGGGUGGACGACUUCCUGCGGCGGACCCAGGCGGUGGUGAGCAGCAGGCGUGAGCGUGAGCGGCAGCGCGAGCGUGAGCGCGCCGGACCGCGGCGUGACCGUGAGCGUGAGCGAGCGAGGGACAGAGACAGGGAGAGAGAGAGGGACAAGGAGAGGGGCCGGUACCGCAGGUGAUCCCGCGCUACCGAGCGCUUUUACUUUGACAGUCUGCAGGGGAUGUGACUGAAAACGCAUUCAUUUAGAAAUUAUGUGUCAGUAUCAACGCAGUCGACAGGAUGACAUCAUCGCUGUCCACGCCCACUUCCUCAAUAAAGUUUCUUUGCUCAACACUUUUAACCUGAGCUUCUGUGUAAAAACUUUAUGGUGACUUCAUUUCCCACAAUGCCUCUGUCAGUGGCGGCCCUCUGGGAUCAUAUGACAGAAAACAAGGAUGUUGAAUUUAUUGUGAAAGGUUGGAUGUUUUUCCUUCACAUUAAAGCUUUCUUAAUGUUCCACA